UACAUUGCAGGCUAGUCAACAAGAUACAUGAUAAGGUAUCUCCCUUUUGGUUCUAACAGAAUGCAAUUUUCAGGCCAUGGAUUUGCCAGGGUCAAGUCUGUUCAAUGGUGGAAGUAUUCACUUUGAUGGUCUAUCAAUAGAGGCAGGAGCCAGUGGAGAGCCAGAUGAGGAGGCAGAGGCAGCUGAGGAAGAAGAGAGGAGGAACCAGGAGUUACAAAAUGUUCUAAAAGAUGCAUUUGAUGAUCUGAUUGAUGAUGAUGAAGAUGAGGAUGCCACCAUGAGCCACACUGACCCCAGCUUUCAUCCAGAACAAUAUCCAACAUCUACACCUUUUAUUACUGGAAAGGAGAGAUCGCUGUACGAUGAACUAGGUGGCCAGUACAACCUGCCUCGAAUGAGCGACCCUGGCCCUGCAUAUAACCUCGGCUCGGACGGCGAUUACCACGGCAACCCAGGCGGCGACUACCAUAGGGACGACCCAGCCGGCGACUACCACGGCGACCCCGGCGGCGGCUACCCCGGCGCCGGAUACCACUCUGGGGGCGAGUACGAGCCGGCGGGCCGCGACGACGAGCCGCUCGGCUUCCAGACGCUGCAGCCAGAGGAGACCAACGCCGGCCUGACGGAGAUGGUCAACACGCCCCGCCAGCACCUGGACACGUCAGACUCGUCGGCUGCCCACUACCGCCACUGCUACACCAGCCCGCGGAGCGAGCUGGCGGCACCGGCGGCGGACGACGGCAGCGGCGACGCCGACGACCUCAGCAGCGGUAACAUGAUCGAGAUGGGUCUGCGCGCGCACCAGGAGCCGGGCGGCUGGCCGGGCGGCGGCCGUGCCCUGCCCGAGCCGGCGGCGCGCACCGAACCCGCCGGAGACCUACUUGACCCGGGCAAAUACGUGGCCAACAAACAGAAGGACUACAUACUCGCGCGCACCUCGCGCGACCAGCUGGAGACCCUGUACGAGGCGCGCGGCCACGAGAUCGGCCGGCUGCGCUCGGAGCUGGACCGGCUCAAGGCCGACUCGGCGGCCGAGCUGCGCGCCACCCGCCACCAGGCGGCGCUGGCGGCGGCCGACGGCCAGGGCCUGCAGACCAGUCUGCAGCAGGCGCAGAACCUGCUCGUGGAGAAAGAAGAUGAACUGACAAAACUUCGCGGGGAAAUUGAUUCGUUAAAGAUUCAGCUGAAGGCAACAGAGGAUGCUAAGAAAGAGAGCACCUCGCGGCUGCAGGCGGCUGAGGUGACCGUGCAGAGUCUACAGGCGGAGCUGACGGAGCUGCGCCGCUCCGAGACGCUGUCCCGCAGCGCCGAGCGCCACCAGCAGCUGGUGGACGGCCUGCAGCGCCGCCACGCCGAGGAGCUGGCCGCCCAGCAGCGCCGCAUGGACGCGCUCUCGGCCCAGCUGCAGACACAGACGGACGCCGCCGCCACCCUGCGCGCCCAGCUGGCCGACUCGGAGCAGGCGCGCCACCGGCUGGCCGCCGACAAGGGUGACGUCAUCAACCAGAUGACGGCCGGCCUGGAGGCGGCGCAGGCGCGCUGCCGGCAGCUGAUGCAGGCCGAGCCGGCCCAGCUGCGCGAGCGGCUGGCGGAGGAGGAGCGGCAGCGCGAGCAGCUGCAGCUGCAGCUGGCCGCUGCUCAGGACCAGGUGAGCAGUCUGCAGCGGGACCUGGAAGCCUGCGAGGCGGUGCUGCGCCUCGGCGGCCGGGACGACACGACGGCGGACAGCUCGGCGCCACUGGCGGGUCCCGCCCACUCCACGCCCGUCAGCAAGCCGUCGGCUGCCGGCUCCACCGAGCCCUCUCCGUUCUCUCUGCGCCGAGAGCUGAUGAGAGCCAUGGAGAACUCGCGCGCGCGCCGCGAGGAGGUGGCCCGACUGCGCACAGAGCUGGAGGGGACGCGCGACCAGCUGCGGACCGCCACCGCCCAGCUGAGCGAGAAGGACGCCCAGCUGACGGAGAAGGACGCCCAGCUGACGGCCGCCAGAGACCAGGCGAAGCAGGUGCAGCAGCCGGCUGAUCAGCAGGCUCAGCAGCAGCAGCAGCGCCGGCUGGACGAGCUGGGGCUGCGGCUGGCCACCGAACAGAAACAGCGCAAACUGCUGGAGGACCAGCUCAGAAAGAUCAAGGCCGAGGGCGAGAAGGUCCACAAGACGGCCGAGGAGCUGCGGCGCCACAUGACGGAGCAGAUGGAGCAAGCCGACAGAGACAAACUGGAGGCCGUGGAACACGUGCGUGCCACCUGUCUGCAGCUGCACGACGACAUGAUCGAGAAGGUGCGCGCCGAGAAAAUGGAGGAGUACGAGACCGAACUGGACGCGCUCAGAACUGAGCUAAGUAAGGCGCAAGAGGAGCUGACUGAAGUCAAGGAGCUGUAUGUGAAAGUUUGUCAGGAGAAAGAUCAGCUAGAGCAAGACGCCACGGCAGCGAGUCAGACGGCCGAGGCCGAGCGGAGCCACGCCGUCAAGUCGGCGCUCAACCAGCACUACGACCGCUGGUACGCCGACUGGAAGCGCGACCAGGAGCGCGCCAUCGCCGAGGCCGUGGACGCCGAGCGGCGGCAACAUCACAGGGAGGUGGCCAGCGGUGGAACCCAGACGGAGGAGGCGGCGGCCCCGGCGCGGCCGGCCCUCUCCGCGCACGGCACCCAGACCAGCCCCCCGCCGCCGACCCGGGACGACGCCGUCCAGGCCGACGAUCAGCUGGCCGCCGAGCACGACAAACUGAAAAAGAGGCUGAAGCGCGCAUGUCUGGACAAGAAGAAGCUUCAGACGGAGGCGGAACAUUUGCAGCAGCAAAUGAAAAAGGUGGCGGAUGAUUACGAAGAAAGGAUUAGAAAGGAGCGGCUGGAGGCGGAGCGGAAGGUGCGCGAGGCGCGGCGCCGUCCGUCCGGCUCGUCCGACUCGGAUCUGGUGAAAACUCUGCGUCAGGAGCUGGAGGACGCGCACACCCGACUGAGGAAGCUCGCCGAACAGACGUGCACUGAGAAGGACGAGCUGAUCGUGGCGUACGAGUCCCGGCUGCGGGAGGCCGUAGAACAGGACCGUCGCAAGGCGGCCGCCCUGGCGACGGCACAGCGACGGCAGGAGACCGCCGACCAGCUGCGUGACGAGCUGGAGCGACUGCGCGUCGAACACGAGACCCUGCUGCGACAGAACGAGGACAACUACAAACAGGGACUGGCCAGCUACCGGCAGCUCGUCGAGAACAAGGUGGCAGAGCUCACCAAGAUCGAGGAGGAACUGCGGAGGGAGUCGGCCGCAGCCUCCCAGAGUCUCCGGGAGGAGAACGCCCGGCUCACCGCCCAGACCGCCGCCCUGGAGGAGAGCUACGACAAUCUACUGGCGCAGCGCCAGCAGGACCGCGAGAACUUCGAACAACAGAUCCAGCAGCUGACGGCGGAGUCGGCCAGCGGCGACCGCGAGCGGCUGGCCGAGCUCGAGUCGCGCCUGCAGAAGGCCGACGCCGAGUCCGACCAGCUGCGCGACAGUCUGCGCCAGAGUCGCGAGAAGCUGCGCAACUACCACGGCUACGUCAAGGAGCGCGAGCAGCACUACGACGGCGAGUUCCGCCGGCUCGAGGCGGAGUACCGCGUGGCCGUCGGCAAGAUGAAGGAGAAGGUGAUGCUGGCACGCGAGGGCGCCGCGCGCGCCCGGCCGCCGGCCGCCGCCGCCGCCACCCAGACCGAUGUGAGCGGCGAGGAGCUGGCCCGCGUGCUGCAGGAGAUAUCGGCCUUCCACCGGACCUGGGGCCAGCUGCGGCUCGAGGUCACCCAGGCGCUGCAGCGCUGCACUCUGCCGGACGCCGGCCGGACCAAGCAGUCCGCGCCGCCGCCGCCGGCGGCCGAGCCCUCGACGUUCCGCUCUCACACGGCCGAGCGGCGGCUGGAGCCGGACCGGGGCCCGCCGACGGCCGGCGGCUGGUCCGACUCGGGCCGGCUCUCGUCGCUGGGCCGGCCCGACAGCGGCGCCGGCGGCGGCCUGUCGGCGCGCGGCGUCUCCCCGCUGCUGGGCGGCGACAACCAACAGGCCACCAUGGAGCGGAUACGGCGCGACCUCAACUUCAUCUUUCACCGGGAGACGACGGCCGCCGCCGGCGGGGGCGGCGGCAGCCGGGGCGGGCUGCACAGCUCUGCAGAGGAGGUGCUGGCCCGGCUGGCACGCCUCACACCGCCCUCCCGAGACGGUGGCUGGAUGAACUAACCAAUGACUAACUCUAAUUGAUCUCUGUGAUGUGUUCCAAUACGUGUGUUAUGCUCAUGCCAUAUGUCUACGCUGCAAUGCGAAGUACCUGUUUCAUCAUCAUCGUCACCAGUCACCACUGCCACAUUAUCAUUGACUGCAUGGGACAAUUAAUGGAGACUGCUUGUUGUUAGUUUUAUUAAUACUCAAUGAUUGGCCUAAUAAACUUAUGAAAUGUU